GACUUUAAUUUAAUUCCCAUUUAAAGAAAGUAAUUUCCCCAUAAAAAUGAAUAAAUCAGAAAUUUAAUCGGAACAGUGAAGCGUCUUGUCAGAUACCCUGUUUCCACUGUCUUCCUUCCCCAUCUCUCUCUCUCUCUCUCUCUCUCUCUCUCUCUCUCUCUCUCUCUCUCUCUCUCUCUCUCUCUCUGUUUUUAACCUAAAUCAAUCAAACUUGACAGUGAUAGAGAAAAACGUUAGAGACAAAUACAUAUACAAUUUCGACAAAAACAUCACAAACUUUGGAUCUGUCUUCACCCCCGAUCUCCGCCAAUAAUUUUGCUUCACUGUCACUACCUCACUCUAACUUCACUAAUCUCUCCGUACAACUUUUUCUUCUUACCGUUGAAUCUCUCUCACAGUUUUGAAGUGGUUUUAUUGCUUGAGGAGGUACCUAGCUAGUGUAUAGAUCUGUGAGACUAUUAUUGUAAUUUACCGGAAAUAUGGAUAAAGUUUCGUCGGAUUGUCCAUACCCAGGUUGCUUCUUUUGUGUCAUGAAGGAAGCAAAUCCGAGCAAACGCAGAGCAAGUGUACUGAAGUUCUUUAGAGAACUUCCGUGUCAAGAUGACGAUGGUCAGGUUCUUCCUAUUAGUGGACUUUGGAAUACGGCAAUGGCACAUCCGAAUGAUCCUGAAUUCAUUGAGCUGGGAAUAUUUGAAUGCAUGUCGGCUCUUAUAUGGAAAGGACUGAAGAAUCGACGCUGGCUUUCUCAUGACCAAAAUAUAUACAUUCCUUAUUAUGCAGCUCAUAUCAUUGGUUCCUACACAAUGAAUAUGGAAGAAUUUGCUGAAAGUGCUGUGCAUGGUGGAGUCAUUCCUCCUUUAGUUGAGCUUUUAAGAGGGAGAUUGACUUGGGUUGAGCAGAGAGUAGCAGUUAGAGCUUUGGGACAUUUAGCUACAUAUGGCAGCACUUUUCCCACGGUAGCAAGUCACGGUGAAAUUCUCGAGCUCUCCAUCCAAUUAGCAAUGAGUUCCUUGGAAAUAGUUUAUUCCCACUUUUACCAAUAUGUUGAUAGAAGGCUAAGCUAUCACUGUGAUCUGCUUACACGCGGCAUGGGCGGUGUUGAAAUGGAGUCUAGGAAGGCUGAGGAAUGGGCUAGCCAGUUGCAAUGUUGGUCUCUUCAGCUCAUUAAUUGUUUUGCUUUUAAACCGGAAUUUCUUCCUACCAUAUGCAAACAAGAAUUUCUAACAAAACUACCUGGCAUGUGGGGUGGACUUGUUAAUGAAAAUUCACCAGCUGGUAUCGGCUUGUUAAGAACCAUUUGUCAUCAAAAGCUUGGUCGGGGACCUGUUGCUAGUUGCCCGGGAAUUAUUGAAGCAUUGUGUAAUAUUGCUCGGUCUUCAGAUGAUUGGCAGUAUAUGGCUAUUGAUUGUCUUCUAUGGCUGCUUCAAGAUCCGAGUACAUGUCACAAGGUGAUUGAUAAAGUGGUGCCUGCAUUAGUUGACCUUGCGGAUAUUACAACUUUAGGUGAUCAUAAAAAGCUUGGUGAUUCCAUUGUCAGUGUUCUUCAAGAUUGCAUCGAGUCACAAGGGUCAGGAAGAAGCUCAAUUAGUAGUCGCACUAAAGAACAGAUAGAGGAUCUAUUAAGUUCAAAACAGAGAUUAAAAUGGGAAAAGAAUAUGCCCAAGGAAGAUCUACAUAUUAAGCAGGCUGCAGCACUGGUUGUCAAGCUUGAAGGAAAUUCCCUGUUCUCAUCGGGAAAUAUUUCUGGUGCUGCAUCAAAAUACUCAGAAGCAUUAGCAUUGUGUCCUAUGAGAUCCAAGAAGGAGAGAGUUGUUCUCUAUAGUAACCGUGCUCAGUGUUAUCUUUUGUUGCAACAACCUUUGGCUGCCAUAAGUGAUGCUACUCGUGCACUAUGUCUCCAUAGACCUGUCAACCGUCAUGCCAAAAGUCUAUGGAGGCGAGCACAAGCUUAUGACAUGCUAGGGUUAGCAAAAGAAAGUUUAUUGGAUGCUAUUCUGUUUAUAAAUGAGUGCUCUCAGUCAAAUGAUCCUGAUCUCUCGCUAAGGCAAAAUAAAGUUCCAGAUUAUGCCGAGCGAUUAGUUAAAAAGCAGAUGCGUGCUGCUUGGUUAUUCCGAGAGGCAGCUAUUAAGCACGGUGGUGUCCAUAAUCAGGGUGAUGGUGGUGACAUAUAUGGCCCAGAGACUGAUGACUCUGAAUGGGAGACAGCUAGUGAAAGUGAUAUUGGAAAUGAUGGAAUUGGUGAUGAUGACGAUGGUGAUUGGAAUAAUGACGAUGAGAGGAAAGAUUAGGACACACCUUCAAUAAAAGACAUAAAGCAUGGAUACAAUGUGCAACUUUGUAGCAAAUGUUCUCCUGUGUGAAUGAAGCAGAGUUGACUUCUGUGAAUGUUCCAACUCUAAAAAAAAAUCAGUGAUUUAUUGUAAGUGGUGAGUUGAAAGUGGCUACAGUUUUUGGUCUUAAUGUUUGAGGUUUGAGAUUUAAUUUAUAUAAAGUUUUCCAUAUUCCAUGUUUGUUCUCCCCAUAUUUCUUUUCAAGUGUAAAAUAUUGCAAAGUUUGGAGAACUACAUGACAUUUGGAGGAUGUGAAGUUUCGUUUUUUGUUUUUGUAUUUUUUGCAGUUUGUGUAUAUAAACCUUUUUGUGCCUUAAUUAUCUUGAGUUCAUUUCUUGA